CGAUCUUUGGUAAAGCUAGCCGGCUAACUAGUAGCUCAAAGAGACGCCAUUAGUUGGGUGAAAACCAGGCUUUCAUAUUAGGCUGAAAGGGGAACUAGCUCACGGUUCAGACACAUUUCCGCUACACCUGUUGGUGGAUAUUGAUGAAAGGGAGAUUCGCGUAUGUUGUCGAGGUGUUCUUCUCCUGAUUUGAGCUGUUUUUCUCAAGUCGGAAGCUGAUGUGAGCUGCGCAGGACUUCAUUAGCAUUAGCAGUGCUAGCUUGUUUUGGUAAAAAAAAGCUUCUUCAGUAAAGCGAUGGCUGCCGGAGGAACGGGCGGCAGAACCUACUCGUUCAAGGUGGUGCUGUUGGGGGAAGGCUGUGUGGGGAAGACAUCCCUGGUGCUGCGAUACUGCGAGAACAAAUUCAACGACAAACACAUCACAACUCUACAGGCGUCCUUCCUCACAAAGAAGCUCAACAUCACAGGAAAGAGAGUCAACCUGGCCAUAUGGGACACAGCAGGGCAGGAGCGUUUUCAUGCGUUAGGUCCAAUCUACUACAGAGACUCCAACGGAGCCAUUCUAGUCUACGACAUCACAGACGAAGACUCCUUUCAGAAGGUGAAGAACUGGGUGAAAGAGUUGAGGAAAAUGUUGGGGAACGAGAUUUGUUUAUGUAUAGUAGGUAAUAAAAUAGAUCUGGACAAAGACAGACACGUUUCAGUGGAAGAGGCCGAGAGUUACGCGGAGUCAGUGGGAGCCAAACACUACCACACGUCAGCCAAGCUAAAUAAAGGCAUCGAGGAGCUCUUCCUGGAUCUCUGUAAAAGGAUGAUGGAAACGGCUCAGGCAGACGCCAGGUUGAAGGGCAACGGAGCCAGCCAAUCAGCAUCGAGUAGGCGGGGCGUACAGAUCGUCGAUGAUGAACCACAAGCCACGCCGGCGGGUGGAUGCUGCUCUUCUGGCUAACACACACAUUUUUACACACACACACACACACUCUCUCUGUCAUACAUGCUUGCAGACAUAUUCACACGGUGUCGGCUCUAAAAUCUUUAAAUUAAUCUGUUCACUCAGUACCGCCUCUGCUGCUAAGGAGCAUGGGAAAUAUAUUUAAAAUGGGUUUUAUCAUUGUUCCCUUCAAAGUAAAAGUAAUUUAUGAUUAAAAAGAAAGUGUGUUUUCAGAGAUUAAAAUCGACUAAAAUCA